AUGUCCGAAGUUGUUGAACAGAGGGCUAGCAAUGGUGAUAAUGCUUCAACCAAGACUAGUUCUACGCAAAACACUAGAUUGAAGAAAUUGACCAGUGGGUCGGACUGGGUGUCCCCAUUCAGAGAAUCGGGGCAUUCGCAAAAGAACCUUCGUCAGCAAUUAAAAGAGGAUAACUCUAUUAAGAAUAUACAUGUUCCUAGCAAGUUCACGACUCAUCCUACGUUAGAGGCACAGAAGAAGGAAAAGAAGGAAAAGGAAAAGGCGGCCAAAUUGGAGAAGAAGAAGAAGGAAAAGGAAGCCAAGGAGAAUGCAGCCAAGGAGAAGGAAGCCAAGGAGAAGGAAGCUGAAAAUAAGGGCGACGAAGAGGAAACCAAGGCAGUUACAUUGAAAAAUACUGAGGUUGAUCCUUUAAAGGCGGUCACUUUAAAAGAAGAUGGAGCUGAUACAAAGCUGUCGAAGGAUGCAUCUAUGCGUUCGUUGAAAGAUGAGCCAAUUGACACCCCUAAAGAAAGCGUAUUUGGGGGUAACAAAGAGACCGAGGAUCUCGAAUACGGCGAAGAUGUAUAUGAAGAUGACGUAAAGGCCGACAAUGAAUCAGAAAGACCGUUGUCAGAAGCUGAACAAGCAGAAGUUGAAGAUGAAGUGGACGGUGAGACUAAGAAGGACGAGUCUGCAACUGCUGAUGAAGCUACUAAGGAGGCAUCCGAAACUGAUGUUAAGGACAAAGAUGCAAAUGGUUCUGAUGAUAUUAAAAAUGUUGUCAAGGAAACUCCAAUUGAGCUUGUAACUCAACCAGGAUCUAAAUAUGAACCUGUGCCUUUACCUAAUCAAGAAGUCUUAGACAAAUUGAAGGAUAAGCCUAAGUUGUUAAACCGCUACCAAGAGUUAAACGCUGCGGCCGUAUCUUCUUUAUCUCGUAGUCUCGACGACCCUAAUAAGGUUGUUGAGUUAGGAAGUGGUUUGAGGAUGACUCAACAGCAAUUAUUGGAUAUUGCCGCUAAAAGAGUUGCUCCUGUUAUAACUAACAUCAAUGAUGAAGUCUCGAAGACUAGAAAUGAAGAUGAAAUUAAGAGGAAGAAGGAAUUGGAUUCUAAGGUUGCAAGCCACGAGAAAAAGUUGCAAAAGGACUUUGAUAAGCAUAGCAAAAAACUUGACAAGCAAAAGUCUAAGUUCACUACUGAUAUUGGAAAGAAAUUAGAAGAUUUGAAGAAAAAGAUGAAGAAUUCUGACUUAACAGCUGCAAACUUUGAGAAAGAAACCAGGAAAGAAAUUGACACAGCCAACGAAGACUUCGAAGAGCGUGAAACAACUGCUGUUGAGAAGCAUUCCAAGGAUAAAGAUACAAUUAUCAAGAACCAUGAAGAGUUAGAAGGAACUAAGAAACAAGAAUUGGAAGAUGCAAAAGCUAAUCAAGAAAAGACAACCCAAGAGAUUGAAGAAUUGCAUGAAAGGAAGACUGAAUUAGAUAACGCUAAUUCCGAGUUGUCUACAAGGAUUGAGGAACUCACUGCCGAAUUAAAUGAAAGAACCAAGGAAUUAGAUGACUUAAAGGCUAAGCAUGCAGCAAAGCAAGAUGGUAUCUCCAAAAAUUUAGCUAGCAAAGAAGAACUCGACAAUAAUAUUACGACAACUAAGAAGGAAUUAGACACUAAGAAAAAGCAACAUGAUAAAUUAUCUACUGAGGUUGGUAUCUUAGGUGGUGUUUUGAGCGCAUAUGCAGCUAAGUUAACUAAUUUAAAAUCUGAAGCUUCGUCCCAUGGCGACAGAUUGGCUGACGCUAAAAAGAAAUAUAAAGAUUGGGAAGAGGAAAAAGAUCAAUUAGCUACUGAAAUAGCCAGAGAUCAUGAGCGUAAGAGAGUUACUGCUCAAGAAGAGGCUGAGACCAAACGUGUUGAAGAUGAGUUGGAAGAAAAGAGAUUAAAAAAAGAAGCUGAAAGAAGAGAGGCUGAGGAAAGUGUAGCUGCAAAGAAGGAAGAAGAACGUAAAUUGCAAGAGUCACACGAAAAGGCUGAGGCUGAUAGAUUAGCUAAUGAUCCUGAACACCAAUUUAUGUUAGCUACUCAGAAGAGAGAAUCGGAUGGAAAGAAAUUAGAUGACGAGAGAGCUGAAAAAGAACGCGUUUAUAAUGAGCAUAAGGAUAAGGAAGCCGAGGAAGCUCAGAAAUUACAAGAAGAAAUUGAAGAAUUAAAGCAACAAAAGGCUGCUCAUGAUGAAUCUGCUAGAGGUGAAGCCGACAAGCUUGCAGAAGCGAAAUUGGUUCAAAUCGAACAAUUAAAAAAGGAGCAUGAAGAACGAGUAAAAAUGUUCAGAGAAAAGCUAGAAUUUGAAGAAUUACAAAAAACUAGAUUAUUGGACGAGGUCGAUAAUUUGAACAAGAUUAAGGAAUUGAGGGAAGAGAAAGCGAGAUUAACCUCUGAAUUGAACAAGGAUGUUGACGUGAAUGAUGUUAAUAAACUCAUUGAAGAACGGGAACUUGAGAUUUCUAAAUUAAGUAAACAAAUCGAAUUCGAUAACUCUGAUUUAAAUAAUUUCAAUGCUACUCAGAAAUCUGCUUUAACUGAAGGUCCAAAAUCUACGGAACCAUCGAAGAAUAUUACUGAGUCUGAUAGAUCUUCUAAAGGGCUCCUGAAUGCUCCUAUCUUUGCCAAUAUUGGUGGUAAUUCAAAGGAACAAAACAUUGCUGAUAAAUCAGAUCAUCUGAAACCAGUAAAGAAUGAAGACAAUUCUAACAGCUCAUCUCAGAAAAAAUCUGGAGCACUUGCUACUGGGGCAGCUACUGUCGGUCUUGCCGGAGCCACUGGUGCUGGUACCGCUGCAGCUUUAGAUGCUAAGCAUAAAGCUAAGAAUGUUUCAAACGUGAAUGAUUCUAAGAGUAAUGGGGGUGGUUUUAGUAAGCUCAAGAGUUUAACUAAAAGAAUUAGAGGGGAAUCUGUGUCUGAUGCAAAUGCCGAAGAGCCUGCUGUUUCGAGUAAAGAGAAAAAGUCUAGUACGAAAAGCGCAGCUCCUGUGAAUAUUUCGAAGCAACCAGAUGGAAAGUCAACUAAAACUAAGGCAGUUCCAGUAGCUUCAUCGUCAAAAAAGGCCGAUAAUGCAGCAAGCUUCUCAGAUUCGUCCUCAGCAUAUGAAACCUUUUCAGUAUAUGAAGAAGUUUCAGAAGCCGAAUAUCAAAAGAAUUUGAAGAACCCAGAUUAUAUGGAAAUGACUGCUGAAGAAUUUGAAAAGCGUAGAAAGGCGGGUGAUCACUAA